CGGCCAUUUUUAUUGUAGUUUUUACUUUUAGGUCGCCAUGUUGAUGAAGCUCCAAAUUUUACUUCAAUUCAUUUUUUUAAUUUUCAUUGAGAAUGUCUCUACAAGAUUUGACCGUGAACCUGAUCCAGAAACCGUUGCUCGCAUGCUUAAUGAUAAAAAUGAGCCUAUAGUCGUAUUUGUUAAUAGCAACAAUAACGUAGACGAUAACCAGUUAGCCCUUUCAGAACGUGCAAAUGACAGAAACGAACGUGAACGCAAUGAACUGGAGCGCGAUAGGAAUGACCUUGAUCGUGAUAAACGUGACCGAUAUGAAUUGGAUCGAAACGAACGAGAUGAAAAAGAGCGAUAUGAAUUGGAUAGGAACGACCAAAAUAAUUUGUUACGGUAUGGUGAAGACAGAAACGUUCGGUUGAGAAGUGAAAGGGAUAGGAACGAACGUGAUCGGAAUGAUCUGUAUAGAAAUGAACGUAACAGAAAUGAACGAGAAGAUUUUACAUCAGAUAGAUACGAACGUGAUCGAAAUGAACAAGAUAGAAAUGAUUGGAAUCGGAAUGAACGCAACUGGAAUGAACGUGACCGAAAUGAAGAUGACAGAAAUGAUUGGGAUAAGAGUGAGCGCGAAUUGAAUUGGUAUGAACAGUCACGUAAUAGAGCUGCACGGAAUCGAAUGUCACGUAACCGAAACCGCGAAAUUCAGCGACUUGAUCUUGCCGAGAACGAAAGUGACCGAAACGAAGACCGGUAUCAAGGAAUUGACCGUAUGCGCUCUCUUUCUGAUUCGGAACGUGCAGAAAAUCAAGCAUAUUUAUUCUAUAAUUUAUUGAGGUCACAGAACUUAGAUGAACUUGAUCCGGAAGCUGCACAACGCUUAGAGAAUACGAAAGAUUUACUUACACAAGUGCUGAGACAACGAUGUUACGCAGAAGAUAUUUGCAAAAAGAAAUGCAAACCGAAAACAUCUAAAUGCAAAUCCAAGUGUGAGAAGGAAUUUGAUACACUAGACGCUUGUGGAGAAAUCAAAAAGGAUUGUUACAAGAAAAAUAAUUGCAAAAACGGAAGAACAAUGCCUCCAAACUGGCUUAGAUCUCUGGAUUUUGAAAUAUAUAAGAAAUAAUAAAAUGUUAUGAAUAAUGUUGCGUUCAUUAAACUAAAAAUUGAAACGCUCUUUGUAAAUUGUUGAAAACC